CAGCUCCUUUCAAACAGUGAAGUGCGUCUCUGCUGCGGUGCGUCGCGCGCGGGCUGGAGAGAGAUGACAAGAGCCCCGUGGAACUGGCCAGACAAACAUGGAUCUCCGUAAAACGCUGGUUUCGGUGCUUUGGAUAUUAUUGCUGAACAAAGAGGAAAGCUGUCACGCUGAGGAAGUGGUGCUGCUGAAUUCUAAAGAGACUCAGGCAGAGCUGGGCUGGACCUCGUAUCCCCCCAAUGGAUGGGAGGAGAUAAGUGGCGUAGAUGAGAAGUACAAACCCAUCAGGACGUACCAGGUGUGUAAUGUGAUGGAGCCCAUGCAGCAGAACAACUGGCUGCAGACAGGCUGGGUAGCGAGGCGAGGUGGUCAACGUAUUUUCGUGGAGCUCCAGUUCACACUGCGCGACUGUAACAGCAUACCUGGCGUGGCUGGCACCUGUAAGGAGACCUUCAACCUCCUCUACGUUGAGUCCGACCGGGAUCUCGGAGGUGUGACCCGAGAGGACCGCUACACCAAGAUAGACACCAUCGCUGCCGAUGAGAGCUUCACGCAGGGUGAUCUGGGCGAGAGGAAGAUGAAACUGAACACUGAGGUGCGUGAGAUUGGCCACCUCAACCGAAAGGGCUUCCACCUGGCGUUCCAAGAUGUUGGAGCGUGUGUGGCCCUGGUCGCUGUACGAGUGUACUACAAACGCUGCCUUGCAACUGUCCAGAAUCUGGCGGUUUUCCCAGACACGGUGGCCGAGGCAGCUUUCGCAACACUGGUGGAGGUACGGGGCGCCUGUGUCAACAACUCUGAGGUUGACACAGACAGCCCUCCCAGGAUGCAUUGCAGUGCUGAAGGCGAGUGGUUGGUGCCCAUUGGGAAGUGCAGCUGCAGCGCCGGCUACGAGGAGGGACACAGCAGCUGUGAAGCGUGUCCCCCUGGUUCCUACAAGAUGUCUUCCAGGCAGCAGGAGUGUUUCCCAUGUCCAGCCAACAGUGUUGCAGAGGAGGAAGGAUCGGUGGUAUGUGUGUGUGAAGAAGACCACUUCAGGACACCCCUGGACACACCUUCAGCACCGUGCACAAGGCCACCCUCUCCACCUAGAGACUUGGUCUGCACCCUGAAACAGUCCACGCUGAUCUUGGAGUGGGCUGCACCAUCUGACACAGGAGGCAGGGCCGACCUGACCUAUAGCGUGGGAUGCCGAAGGUGUGUCGCGAGACAGUGCGAGCCAUGUGGGGCCAGUGUUGGUUUUGUACCUCAGCAGAUUGGCCUGACAGAAAGAACAGUGACCGUGGUCAAUCUGCUUCCCAACACCAACUACACAUUUACUGUAGAGGCUCUGAAUGGAGUGUCUGAGCUACUACCCAACAAGAGGUUCUACACCCAGGUCAACGUGUCAACAAGCCUGCCUGCUCCCUCCCUUAUCAGCGAGCUGCGAGCAGAGAAGAUCGAGCAGAAGAGCAUAACCCUGGUUUGGAGGGAGCCAUCGUACCCGAACAGCAGCCGCACUGAAUACGAGGUCAAAUACUACGAGAAGGAACAAAAGGAUCAGAGUUAUUCUACUGUGAAGACCGCCGCCACGCGCAUCAGCGUCAACAACCUCAAACCUGGCACCACAUAUGUCUUCCUCAUCCGGCCUUUCUCCACACCGGCGCCUGCCUCAUCCCUGUCCUCCUCCCCUCUCUCAUCCUCUUCUGCUUCCUCCUCGUCCUCUUCUACAUCGUCUGCCUCCUCUUCCUCUUCUUCAUCCUCCUCUUCCUCUUCCUCUCCACCACCCAUCGACUACGGAGCGUACAGCGCUCCCCUGGAGCUGCAGACUCUUGGCGAGUUGGCCCUGGCAUCCAGCGAGCAGAGUCCCGUGGUGAUCAUCGUUGUCGUGUCUGUGGCCGCCCUCAUCAUGCUGCUCUCUAUGGGGGUUGGACUGCUCAUCUGGAGGAGACAAUGCGGCUACAGCAAAGCUUCUCAAGAGGGAGACGAGGAACUUUACUUCCAGUUUAAGAUCCCCACAAGGAGGACCUACAUCGACCCAGAGACCUGCGAGGAUCUGAUGCAGGCUGUGCACGCCUUCGCCAAGGAGCUGGACAACUCAAGCAUCAAAAUAGAGAGAAUUGUGCACACAGGCGACUUUGGGGAGGUAUGCCGUGGCUGCCUGAAGCUGCCCAGUAAGCGAGAGCUGCCGGUGGCCAUAAAGACGUUAAGAGCCGGAUGCUCGGACAAACAGCGGCGCUCUUUUCUCAGCGAGGCCGGCAUCCUGGGGCAGUUUGACCACUCCAACAUCAUCCGGCUGGAGGGCGUCAUCACCACGGGCAACACCAUGAUGAUCAUAGUGGAGAGCAUGUCAAAUGGAUCCUUAGAUUCCUUCCUCAGGAAACACGAGGGCCAGCUGAGUGUGAUGCAGCUGAUGGAUAUGCUGGCCGGGGUGGCGUCGGGGAUGAAGUACCUCACAGAAAUGGGCUUCGUCCACAAACGGCUGGCCGCACACAAGGUGCUGGUUAACGCCAAUCUUGGCUGCAAGGUGUCGGGCUUCAGACCUUUACAGGAGGACAAGAUAGAGGCCAUCUACACCACACUGCACGGAGGAAAGAGUGUGGUGUUGUGGAGCGCUCCGGAGGCCAUCCAGUACCACCGCUUCUCCUCCGCCUCGGAUGUCUGGAGCUUCGGCAUUGUCAUGUGGGAGGUCAUGUCCUACGGAGAGAGACCCUACUGGGAUAUGGGCAACCAGGAUGUGAUCAAGGCCAUUGAGGAUGGUUUCAGGCUGCCAGCUCCAGUAAACUGUCCUCCACAUCUCCAUCAGCUGAUGUUGGACUGCUGGCAGAAAGAGAGGACUGAGAGGCCCACCUUUAGCCAGAUCCACUCAGCUCUCAGCAAGAGCAUUCGCUCACCAGAUGGCAUCGGUUCAUCCACACUGGCCCGCAGAACCCUGAGCUCAUCCAUCACGCUCGCAGAGAGGCCCCUCCCCUCUUUCCCGUCCUUUAACUCAGUGGGAGAGUGGUUGGACGCAGUGGACAUGGGCCGGUACAAGGACAACUUCACAGCAGCGGGAUACUGCUACUUAGAGUCUGUGGCGAGGAUGACUGUACAAGACGUUCUGAGUCUUGGCAUCACAUCCCUCGAGCACCAGAAGCUGAUACUGGCUGCCAUCCAGACACUCAGAGCCCAGGUCAUCCAGAUGCAUGGCCGCGGUGUGCAGGUCUAACAGACGAAUCCACACACCUCGACUACAACUGCUGCUGCUGCAGACACAAACACGGAUGGAGGGGAUGGAGACGAGGAGACUCGGAUCUUCCAAACUGAAACAAAGACGAGCAGAUGUUUCUGCUCAUCACCUCCUCCUCCCCACGCGUCCUCAUGCCUUCCUCGAUUCCUUCCUUUCUUUUUCUUCUACGUAUCCCCGCAGACAGUUCCUGUCUCAAUGUUGGGGACAGCAGAGGAGUGAUGUCACUUUUUUUUGUUGUGAUCUCUUGUCUGCACUUUCUGGUUCAGCGUGUACAGACAAAUGAGAGCUGUCUGAAGCUGAUCUCAGAGAUGCUGGAGAGGCGUGGAUGAUCUACGCCACAAAAACACCAGUUCUGGACUAAAUCGCUUGAAUAAACAUUUAUAUUUUAGUUGGAACUUCCCUUUACCACAACAUUAAAUUGCUAGAAACAAUAUCUAAUUGAAGGCAGAAACUAUCUGACUGGCCUUUGUGGAAAGGACUUAGAACCAGAGCUGAAUUUGCAUCAAGCAGGAGCUGAUUUAAGAAGCAGACAACAGAGCAAAACAGAUGGCGUAAUAACUUUUCAGAAGAUCAAACAUGGCUGGAGAGAUGGAGGGCGGAAACCACAGAAGACUGUGCUGUCCCAUGUCAAGGGAAGGCUGUGAUGUGGCCUCAAAAACCCAGCUAGUCUUUCAAUCUAUUAGUGGGAUGAGCAGAUCUAAAUUCUGGUGGAUGAUUUGUUUAUUUUUCAGGACCAUCAGCCCGGUUUUUCCUUUUUUUUCGGGGCUUAAACAAAAGCUGCAGAAAUCUUCUGCAAAGUGAGAGUUUGAAAGUGUGUUUGUGCAUUCAUUUGCUGUUGGUUGCUGUGUGUUUCACCAUAUUUUGUUCUAUUUUCUUUAUUUAAUAUACAUGUUUGUCUCCUUUAUGCUCUUCUUUGUCUGUCUUAUUUUCCCUUUCAGGCUGCUGGAUGUCAUUUCAGUAUCAUAAUCCUCCUCUAUCAUCAUGUUUAAUACUCUGUACAGAGCACAGGCCGACUCUGGAAGAUGGCCUCAUUCAGAUAUUUAUCCAUAUUUAUUUAUGUUUACAGAUUGUUAUGCCAACCUCUCCAGAACGAGGUUAUAAAGGUUUAUUUAUUCAGCUAGUAUUUAAAAUAGCAAAUCUUCUUUUUCUUAAUGAUUUAUAACUGAAGAAAUGAGCCGUUUUGUUAACAGAAAGAACAAGGAAUUGUGGAUGUUUUUACUGUCAGCACACAGUAUCUGUGUAUUCUUUAACACUAAGUUUGGUGCCAUUUGUUUUGGGUCCAUUAUCAUCAGUGUGUGUUGCAGAAUGGAUACAGAAUGUCGCAUAGUUUUUUUUGAGGAUGUUUAUGUUUGCAGUUUUGUUGCUGUUGUUGUCAUGCUCUGCCAUGCUUUGUAGUUGCACUUUUUAUUUCCCAGAAUCCUCUCCUGUACAGUGAUCCACCCCCUUGCUUUUGGGGAAUAGCGUUUAUCGGGGCAUUAUUGAUCAUAAUACACACUGGAAGAUACAAUACUCCAAUCAAAAAUAAGUGUAACUGGUUUGUGUUUGGUAAAAAAGAUUUUUCUUCUAUGUUUUGUCUAAUUAAAUGAACUUGUGUCUUUAUCGAUGUUUUCACGCACAUUUAAACAUAUUUAUAGAAAGAUGGUCCCUUUGACGCACACAUAAAGACACACAUUCAGUCAACAAACUGGACCUCAUCACUACAAUGAAUGGAGCUGAAGUUGUUUCCCCCCCCUCUCUGUUACUGUGACCAUUAUGAUAUAUGUUUAAUACUGUACAUAUGUAUUUGAAAAUGCGAAAUCUAUUUUUAUAAUUUGUUUGGAGAACAAUGUGUUGAAUAUAAUAUCUGCUCACUGUGUAAGGGUUUUUUUCUUUGUUUGAAUUUAGGGCCUAAGCCAAGAAACUCUGUUGUUUGGAAUAUAAAACUGAAAAAAAAAAGGUUCUUUUCUGUUAGUUUUUUUGAUGAUUUUUACUUGUUAGAAGAAAAUCUGAU